AUGGAUAUGCCCAUACAGCCAUGUCAUGAAAGAUAUUUGGGGUUUCCAUCUUACUCAAGAAGGGAUAAAAAUUUAUUGUUUGCUGAUAUUAAGGACAAGCUUUGGAAAUUUCUUUCCUCUUGGCAAGAACAACUUUUCUCAAUUGGUAGUAAAGAGGUGUUGUUAAAGGCGGUUGCACAGUCGAUACCAACUCAUGCCAUGAGUUAUUUUCGACUAUCUAAUUCACUCAUUGAUCAAAUUGAGGUCAUGAUGAAUAAGUUCUGGUGGGGGUCUAACUCUUCGGGUACAUGUAUCAAUUGGAAAACUUGGAAUGCUCUUUGUCAAUCUAAAGUAGAAGGUGGCAUGGGAUUUAAGAGUUUCGUUCACUUCAACCAAGCUUUACUCGCUAAGCAAGCAUGGCGGAUUUUUUCAGAUCCUAAUUCCCUUCUUUGCCGUGUUCUCAAGCCAAGAUACUUCAAGCAUUCUCACUUUCUGGAUGCCGGUUCUGGAAUCUAUCAUUCUCUAACUUGGAGAGGCAUAGUAUGGGGCAAAGAACUCCUAAUUAAUGGUCUAAGAUGGAAGGUUGGGGAUGGUCACAACAUUAAUUGUGCUACUGACCCGUGGAUCCCAGGUGUAACUUAUUUCAAGCCUUUGCUUUUCAAAGGAAGUGACAGAAACAUGAAGGUAGCAGAUCUGGUUUUGGACAAUGGUAGAUGGGAUUUUCCACUCCUCCAAUCUCUCUUCCUUGAUUCAGAUGUAGACAGAAUAAUGAGCAUCCCCCUCUCUUUUUUUCACCAAACAGAUCAUCUCCUCUGGCAUCAUGAAAACAAUGGCUGUUAUACUGUCAAGUCCGGCUAUAAAAUGGCCUUACUCCUUGAAGAUCAGCAACCAAACACCAGCACCUCUGCUGCAAUGUCGUGGUGGAAAUAA